UAUAUCGUUUUUCCGUGAUCUCUUUUUCCCUUCAUUUUUCCGUAGUUUCCCUUCACAUCAUUUUUUAAAAUUUAUUUUUUCUAUUAUUGCUACUUUUCUCGCAAUUUUUUCGUGUUUGUUAAAGACCUUCUCCCCCUUCUCUCCGCUUCUCUUUACCUCCAUAUUUUUCCCAAAUUUUUGGGGAAUGAUUUUCUUUUCUUUGCUUCUCAUUUUUUUCUGCGCUAACCCGAAAAAAAAUUUUUUUGAAAAGUUGUUGUUCUACUUUAAAAUUAUUAUUAAUUUUAGGGAGAGGAAGGGAAGAGAGUUAUUUUUUAAUUAAAAGAAUUUUGGGGGGAAUGACUCAUUCAAUUUUUUAAUCUCUUUUUUUCACUCUAAAAAUUAAUAAUAUUUAUUGUGUAUUUUUUUGAUUUUUUUAUUUUUUUUUUUGCCUUUUUGGACAUUUUUGUAUGUUAAAAUACCUUAAUAUUUUGUGUAUAUUGUUGAAAAGUAUUAACCCUUUUUUUUGCAAAAUUAAUUUUUCUAUUUUUUUAUUAUUAUUUUUGUUGGUUAGUUAACCUCCUACCCUUUACCCCCCCCCCCCCUUAUUUCCCUAUUUUAUUUAAUAUUUACUAAACUAUUUCAUCAUUUUUACAUAUUUUUAUUUAUUUUUUAUUUUUGCCACGACUCAAUUUUUAUAUAUUUUUAUUUUGUUAAUUUUUCCUAUUAAUUUCCCCUAUAUUUUAUUUUUUGAUUAUUUGUCUCAAAUUUUUUUAAUCAAAAAAAAAAUUGAUAGUUUAGAUAAGAAAAAUGUGUAUAUUCAGUAAUUCAAUAAUUAUUUUUGAUUUAUUUUUCUGCUUUUUUUAAAUUGAUUUAAUAUUUUUUGUUGCGAAUUUUUGAGAGAGGAUUUUAAACAAAUUCGUGGUUUUUACCAUUUUGCAGUCAUUUUUUUGAAUUUCUGGCGUUCUGUAUUUUUUUAUAUUUUUUAAUUUGUCUUGUGAUUUCUCUAAUUUUUUUUUUAAUUUUUCAGGUUCUCUUGGAAGAGAAAUAAUUUUAAUAAUUAAUUUAAAUUUUUAAAAAAUGUUUUCUUGGCUAGGCAAAAACAACGAGAAAAAAGAGCAAAAUGUAUUGGAAACAGUAAGUGAAGGACUUCGAAAAAUUUACAAAGAAAAGCUUUUUCCAUUGGAAGAAUUUUAUAAUUUUCACGAUUAUCAUUCGCCGGCAUUGGAUGACCCUGACUUUAAUGCAAAACCGAUGAUUUUGUUGGUUGGGCAAUACUCGACAGGAAAAACAACUUUCAUCCGUUUCCUGCUUGAACAAGAAUUUCCUGGAAUGCGUAUCGGACCUGAACCAACUACUGAUAGAUUUAUUGUUGUAAUGAAUGGAGAUGAGGUUGGUGUUAUUCCUGGAAAUGCGCUUGUAGUUGACUCCACAAAACAAUUUCGUGCUUUGACAAAGUUUGGAAAUGCUUUUCUCAACCGUUUUCAAUGUUCAAUGUUGAAAAAUGAUGUUCUCAAUUCCGUUACAAUUAUUGACACACCCGGAAUUUUGAGUGGAGAAAAGCAACGUAUAGACCGUGGAUACGAUUUUUCUGGUGUUUUGGAAUGGUUUGCUGAACGUGUUGAUCGAAUUAUUUUGUUAUUUGAUGCACAUAAAUUGGACAUUUCUGACGAGUUUAAAAGAUGUAUUGAGGCACUUUCGGGCAAUGAAGACAAGAUUCGCAUUGUUUUGAAUAAAUCUGACAUGGUUGAUCAUCAACAGUUAAUGCGUGUAUAUGGAGCAUUGAUGUGGUCACUUGGAAAGGUUUUUAAAACCCCAGAAGUUGCUCGUGUAUAUAUUGGCACAUUUUGGGAUCAUCCUUUACAUUAUGAUAUUAAUCGACGUCUAUUUCAAGAUGAACAACACGAUUUAUUUGCUGAUUUACAAUCUCUUCCAAGAAAUGCAGUUUUAAGAAAAUUAAAUGAUUUAAUAAAGAGGGCUCGUUUGGCUAAAGUACAUGCUUAUAUUAUUUCUGAACUUAGAAAACAAAUGCCAUCAAUGAUUGGAAAAGAAAAAAAGAAGAAAGAAUUAAUUCAAAAAUUGGAUAAAUUAUUUGAACAAUUACAGAAAGAACAUGGAAUCUCUCCAGGCGAUUUUCCUGACAUAAACAAAAUGAGAGCAAAUUUGGAGAAUGCAGACUUUUCGCGUUUUAAUGCUUUAAAACCUCGAUUAUUGCAAAUUGUUGAUGAUAUGCUUGCCAAAGAUAUAGCCAGAUUAAUGGCCCAAAUUCCAAAAGAAGAAUCUGAUGCUAACAACAAAGUAGUUGAUGCUCUAGGUAAUCGUUUGGAUCAAUCAGUACGUGGCGGAGCUUUUGAAGCCGAAACAGAAGCUGCAACUCCAUUUGGUUUUGGAAGGGGAGAGGGGGUUGAUAAAGGAUCAGAUGAGACAGAAUGGGUUGUUUCUCGUGAACGUUAUAAAUUUGACGAAAUGUUUCAAGAAUUGCAACCUGUGGAUGGGAAAAUUACAAGUUCUCAAGCCAAAGUUCAUAUGGUUAAAUCAAAACUUCCCAAUUCUGUGUUAGGCAAAAUAUGGACACUUUCUGAUAUUGAUAAGGACGGCCAAUUAGACGCUGACGAGUUUGCCUUAGCCAAUUAUUUGAUUAAUCUAAAAUUGGCUGGACAUGCAAUACCUGAAAAAUUGCCGAAACAUUUGGUGCCUCCAUCAAAGUUGGUGGAAAAUAAUAAUAAUAAUGGUGAUGGAAUGACUAAUGGAACUUCAUCUUAUCCGCGGUUGGAUGAAUAA